GAGAGAGUUCGCUUGCUUUGGCUGCACUCCGAAAAAGCCGAAAAUUCUGCGAAGAGCAUGAACGGCGGGAGGAGCGGAGCGAGGGGAGGAGGAGGAGGAGACGACGGCGACGACCGGGGGCUCCUGUGGAAGCUCCCGGCGGUCCGAUCGAAGCAGCUCGGCAAGCUGGGCCCCGCCUUCGGCGUCGGCGCCGGCUGCGGCCUCGGCGCUGGCCUCGGCCUCAUGGGCGGGCUAGGCUUUGGUCCUGGAAUUCCUGGUUUGCAGCUUGGCUUUGGGAUAGGGGCCGGAUGUGGUGUUGGUGUGGGAUUUGGUUAUGGCGUUGGAAGGGGGAUCGCCCAUGAUGAUACUCGUAGAUACUCGAAUGUGGGGAAUCUCUUUAAUGGUUCAGGAAGUCUUCCUACUCAGGAUGAAAUUGGUGCACUUGUUGAUGAUCUGGUAAUCAACACGAAGAAGCUCAUCAGUGCAACUUCAAGAGAAAUUGACAAGUGGAGGAGAUGAUUUCAGUUACUUAAGUUGAUGCAGACAAAUGGGGAUAUAGUUGUAUAGCAUCCAUAUGUUCUAACCGAAUUAUGUUUCAGUUUGAAGUUGUUGAAUCCAUGAAUGCGGAAUACAUUGUAUUGAUUAUAUUUAUCAUUGAGCUGCGUAUGCAGCAUUCCAGGACCACUUGAAAUUGCAGUUCUUCUAUUUAAA